AUGCGGGGAGACAAGGACUUCCGCAAGGAGAUCACGCGGCUCUUCGACCUUGGUGUCCCGAUGGUCGAGCCCAAGGCGGCCACUACACCGAGCGGAUGGAUGGAGUAUGGGAACAUGGUCGUUCGGCGUCCGAGUGGCCGCUCCGAGAACCAAGUUCGCAACCUGCUCCAGGACACCACUCAUGUGGCGCUGGUUGUGGAGAAUCGGUAUGAGGAGUUUGUGCUCAGGACGAGUGAGCAGGAGGUGGAGCUCGUGGAAGAGAUCACGGGCGAGACGGUCAGACUGAACAUGUCUAAGAUGAGCGGGACGAUCGGAGUGCUGAAGAGAAUUAAAUAA